UUGUUGUCCUCGACCUUUUUGCUCAGAUAGCAGGAGGUGCCAAGUUGAGGUUAGGGUUCCUCUUGACACUUGACUCUUCCUGUCAAGCUGAACUAGACAUUUACACUUAAAAGAUUAAAUGCAUAGACAGAAGGUUGGUAGAGUACACGUAUAAGGUCAAGGAUAUGGUGCCUAAAUCCCUUUGGUUUGUUUUGACGAUAGCAACGCACUUGAUCAUCAAUGGCUGCAGCCGAGCUCAGGUCACGGGGCUCCUGGGCCACGAUGUCACCCUUCGGUUCACAUUUAACACCAGCAUCACAAAUAGCAGCCAUUUUGCAGUUUAUUUAGUCGACGAAAAAAUGGCAGAGUACUGUCCAUGGAAAGGUUGCGCAAAAAAACACGGAUUCGACAUUUACUCUGAAAAUUCUUUCGUAUUUUUCCAAAUUAUAAACCUUACGGAAGAGCACAAUGGCACAUACAGGGCCACUUUAUUCCCACAAAGCGAACCGCCCGAGGAAAGUAACAAAGUGCACCUGAUCGUUCAAGAAAAGAGCAACAAAACCGUUCCUCAUGAGCAGGAGCACAGAAACACAACCGAAUAUCAGCCAAGCAUUUUUUCCACUACAACCAUCACUGUACUUGUGGUCUUACCUGUCAUCUCGUUGGCGGCAACAUUGGCCUGGUUCUUUAGGUGUUAUGUCCGAGCUCGAGUCAAUAAAGCAGAUCAAAACUCCUCUCCCUCAACACAGGUAGCAACCGUGUCAUCGAAUAACAUGCUCCAGGCUGAAUUCGCUUACAGUGUGCUGGACUUUCCUAAAAAAGAAUUCACGGUGUUGACCGACAAGCCAAACAAUACCGACUAUGUCAAGGUUUAUCUCCCCCCUUAUCAAAAAUGAAUGUGAGCAAAGCUUUGGAAAAUGUAUAAAUGUAUAUACGCUAUAUUUACAACUUCAUACAUGAUAAUGCUCAGGAGGUGUCAACCGUUUCAUUUUUAUCAUUAUUUUUUUAAUGUUGUUGAAAACCAGAAAUAAAGAUAGAAAUUGAAAGUGUUCACAGAGAAAGUGUGUGUCUCUACAUGCUUGUGUGGGCGGGUGGUGUGACAAAUACACAUGUAUGGAAGUCGGCAGUAUCACAAAAGGUUUGUUGUUUUUCUGCUGACACUUGUGGCUUUCUUCUGCGCUUUGUGAAGACCUGAAACCGGUGACAUUUCUGAGAAACCGACCUGUGUGAAAUGGAACACCUCGCUCUCGCUCUCUUCUCAUACACACAUACAUGCAAGGUGUUAUCUCUGAAACUCAUGGAAACUUUGGGCUGGACUUCACUACUGCGAUGUAUUUCGAUGUUCCUCGUGUUUACUUCAAGUUCCGGCAAA